UAUUCAUCUCCUACCUCAUAGGCGGGCUCGCAACGGGCAAGAAACUGCUUAUACUCUCCUCACUCACCCGACGCAGUGAGUGACCGUAUUGCUCGAGACACGACAGGGUUUGAGCCGUACGGCCAACGUCCAUUGUCCAACUGCCUACUUUCUAGCCCUAUAGGAAGCAGGAAAACGCUAAACUGCAGUAGAGUUUUGGGAGAGAUUGAUUAGUAAGAUGGCAGAAGAAGAUUUGUACGGCGAAGUGAAAGUUGUCGUCGUGCCAGGAAUGCACAAGAACGUACGUAAAGCCGAGACUAACGACGUCAUGGCGCCUUAUCUUCAUGAAAACGGCUGGUACCUGGUGAGACCCAGUGAAAGCAACGAGCGUCUUUUUGUCCUGUGUGUCACAUUUGACAAACGUAUCUUGCAGUUUCGAAUGCAACGUGACCAGAAGACGGAUAAAUAUUUUGUUGCAGAAGGAGAACCGACGUUUGAAAAUCUUCACGAACUGCUGUAUCAUUACAAGAAUCAGCCGUUGAUCCAUGCCCACGCUGGUACAGAGUGUCGGUUUUGUCUUGUUCAACCGAUACCUCCUGCAGAUGUUGCCUCAACAUAUGAAAACCUUCAGCAGCUUUCGAUAUCUUCCAGUCGGCCUCCCCUUCCUCCCAAGAAAACCGAACCACCAGAGCAACAUUUGCACACCCAAACUGGUGUGGCUUCAGUUGAGUCGGUGCCAUCUGAGCAGUUUCAAUCUAUCCCGUCUCAACAGUCAGUACCAUCUCAGCAGUUUGUUCCAUCUCAACAGUCGGUACCAUCUCAACAAUUUGUUCCAUCUCAACAGUCAGUUCCAUCUCAACAGUCAGUACCAUCUCAGCAGUUUGUUCCAUCUCAACAGUCGGUACCGUCUCAACAAUUUGUUCCAUCUCAACAGUCAGUUCCAUCUCAACAGUCAGUACCAUCUCAGCAGUUUGUUCCAUCUCAACAGUCGGUACCAUCUCAACAAUUUGUUCCAUCUCAACAGUCGGUACCAUCUCAGCAGUUUGUUCCAUCUCAACAAUUUGUUCCAUCUGAACAGUCGAUUCCAUCUCAGCAGUUUGUUCCAUCUCAACAAUUUGUUCCAUCUGAACAGUCGGUUCCAUCUCAGCAGUUUGUUCCAUCGUCUACACAGCAAGCACCCUCUCAGUUACCGCAACGUGUGCAGUCACCACCUGCCAUGCCUGCAACAAUGCAAUCUCCUCUUCAGUCUCCUGUUCAAAAUGCACAAACCGCUGCUUCUCCUCCGCUUCCAACUUCAGAAAACAGUUCCAAAUCGCCUGAGGGUGAAUCAAAGCAAACAUCUUGGAAGAAGAAACUUAGCAAGACAUUAUCAUCGUCAUUAUCGUCUUCCAAAAAAACAGAGACUUCAUCAUCAACCGAGUCUAAGUCAAAGGAGUCUACAUCAAAGUUGUCUGCAUUGAAGGACAAGACUGCUAAGGGCGCAACGGCUUUAAAGAAAAAAGUAAGCAAGAAAAAAGAAAGCACGCCACAAGAUAAGUCCAAAUCAUCAACUCUUCCAUCCCCAGCAGCUACUAACCAAGUCCAAGGUCAAUCUGCUACUAGCCCAUCGGGUCCGCGUCCACAGUACCCACCUUCAGCAGGAUAUGCCCCUCCUCCAGCAGGUUAUGGUCCUCCAGCAGGUUAUGGUCCUCGUCCCCCUAUGGGGUAUGGUCCUCCCGGUGGAUAUUAUCCACCUCCUUCAGGAUAUCCAGGUCCAGGUCCAUGGGCAGCUCCACCUCCUGGCUGGCCUGUAAAGGCACCCGAGAAGAUUUGUCCUGUGCAAGAUCUGUGCAGACGUUUUGUGUACUCACUGAACGUUCCAAAGGAAUACAUUGAUGACGGCAAGAACGACUGCUGCUAUUGCUAUGCUUGUCAUACAGCUAGAAGAGAUGUCGUUGUAAACAAACGAGGGAGACCUCCAGAACAGUUUACCAUUCCUCUUGGUUGGAGCCGCCAUGCUCUUAAAGUUCCGACUCGUGCAUCAGAUUUGAGAGUGUUGGAUAAAUGGCACGUGGCAUUCCAUGGCACCAUUCCUGAAAGGGUCAUACCCAUCUUGCGAAAUGGAGAGCUGCUCAUGCCAGGUGAUGUCGCCCUUGGUGGUGCCCAUAUUUCUGAAGGUAAAGGUCACUUCAAUGACCAAAAUAAGCCAUUGGGAUUUGACACAAAACAGAUCUUUGUCUCACCAACAAUGGAAUAUGCUGGAUUAGACGCGUAUGCCAGGAAACUCGAAUUCACUGAUAUUCAUGGGAACAGACACUGGGUACAAGUCGGUUUUGAAGUGUGGAUUCGUCCGGGUAGCUACACAAAGGGUAAAGAAACUAUAUUGACCAAAGAACAGCAGCAUUUCAGACUGAGCAAGCACUUCGAGAAUGACGAACUGGAGUGGUCAACAAAAGAAAGAGGCGCUACAGUUCUUUGUGGACUCCUUGUGAAAUUCACUGAUGCGUAGACUUGCUAUAAUUUUGUAAUGUUUGUUGCUGCCAUUGGCCAUCUAGUUUGUUUACUUACCUGCUAUACAAUCUUCAUGCAUGUGGUAUAGCGAGCAUGCGCUUUAGGUGUGACUGCGGUUUGCGUACGUGUUAUAUUAGUCUAGCGAUAACUAGCGUUGAGUGCACUUGUGCAGUAGAGUACGUGUCGUUCACUGUAGCAGAAUAAAUUCUGGUAUA